CGAGUUGGGUGUUGGGAGCACCGGCCCUGGGUGGCCGGGAACCCUAAGGCCCCAUCGCGAUCCGCAGGUCAGACGUGACGGGGCUCCCUCCUGGCUAGGGUCGGAGGGGAGGUUGAUGGACAGUCGACGGCCCUAAGUGUCUACCAUCACAGGAAGAUCUCUGCCCUCUGGGGCUGAGAGACCCCAACCUUUCCUCAAGCUGAAGCUGCAAGGUAUUGAGGUACCAGCCAGAUGUCUUCCCACAAAGGAUCUGUGGUGGCACAGGGCAAUGGGGCUCCCUCUAGUAACAGAGAAACUGACACGGUGGAGCUGGCUGAGCUGGGACCCCUGCUGGAGGAGAAGGGCAAGCGGGCAGCCACCAGCCCAGCCAAGGCUGAAGAAGAACAAGCAUGCGCAGUGCCCCAGGAAGAGGAGGAGGAGGUGCGGGUACUGACGCUCCCUCUUCAAGCCCACCAUGCCAUGGAGAAGAUGGAGGAGUUCGUGUAUAAGGUCUGGGAAGGGCGCUGGAGGGUCAUCCCGUACGACGUGCUUCCGGACUGGCUGAAAGACAAUGACUACCUGCUGCACGGCCACAGGCCACCUAUGCCCUCCUUCCGGGCUUGCUUCAAGAGCAUCUUCCGCAUCCACACAGAAACUGGCAACAUCUGGACACAUCUGCUUGGUUUCGUGCUGUUUCUCUUCUUGGGAAUCUUGACCAUGCUCAGACCAAACAUGUACUUCAUGGCUCCCCUCCAGGAGAAGGUGGUCUUUGGGAUGUUCUUUCUGGGUGCAGUGCUCUGCCUCAGCUUCUCCUGGCUCUUCCACACCGUCUAUUGUCAUUCAGAGAAAGUCUCUCGGACUUUUUCCAAACUGGACUAUUCAGGGAUUGCUCUACUGAUUAUGGGGAGCUUUGUCCCCUGGCUCUAUUACUCCUUCUACUGCUCCCCACAGCCACGGCUCAUCUACCUCUCCAUCGUCUGUGUCCUGGGCAUCUCUGCCAUCAUCGUGGCACAGUGGGAUCGGUUUGCCACUCCCAAGCACCGGCAGACUAGAGCAGGAGUGUUCCUGGGACUUGGCUUGAGUGGUGUUGUCCCCACCAUGCACUUCACAAUCGCUGAGGGCUUUGUCAAGGCCACCACGGUGGGCCAGAUGGGCUGGUUCUUCCUCAUGGCUGUGAUGUACAUCACGGGAGCUGGCCUUUAUGCUGCUCGGAUUCCUGAGCGCUUCUUUCCUGGAAAAUUUGACAUAUGGUUCCAGUCUCAUCAGAUUUUCCACGUCCUGGUGGUGGCAGCAGCUUUCGUCCACUUCUAUGGGGUCUCCAACCUUCAGGAAUUCCGUUACGGCCUAGAAGGUGGCUGUACCGACGACUCCCUUCUCUGAGCCUUCCCACCUGAGGGGUGGAGGAGGAACUUCCCAAGUGCUUUUAAAAAUAACUUCUUUGCUGAAGCAA